AUGACAGAAGCUGUGAAGGGAAAUACAGCCAUGGAUGAUUAUAUUUCAAACAUAGGAAGCCAAGAUGGCUUUUUAAGAAUACAAGCAUUGGAAGGCCUUAAAAAGUUGACAAGAUUAAAUGAGGAAAACAGAAAUUGGGUGGCACACAGCAAAUCUGCAAUCCCUUCUCUUUUGGAAUUGUUAUCUUCUUCUUCUUCAUGUGAAGAUGAUCUUAAAACAAAGGAGCUUGCUUUGGCAAUACUGCUUAAUCUAUCUGUUAAUGACAACUUGAAGGAGUAUAUGGGAUCUCUUGAAGCCAUUCAAUGUAUAUCAAAUCUCAUAAGAUAUUCUGAUUGCAGUGGCAGUGAAGAGCUGAGAGAGAAUGGUGCUUCAGCUCUCUGUAGCCUUGCUGUUGUGGAUAAGAAUAAAGGAAAAAUGGGUGUUGGAGGGGCCAUUGAGGCUUUGGUUACCAUGUUGCAGGCAGAUCCUCCUCUAGGAGCUGCUUUAAAUGCACUCACAGAGCUUCUUAUAUACAAUGGGAACAAGGCUUUAGCAGUAAGAGCAGGAGCAGUGCCUACCCUUUUCAAUUUUCUGCAAGAUGAUAAUCUGGCAGAGUCUUCCCUUGCUGUACUUGCACUUGUGGUAGCUCACAUGGAAGGGAAGAAAGCCAUUAGCAAUGUAAGUGGUUGGAUGGGUGCAUUGGUAGAUUGCAUUAAGAGUAAAGGCAUGCAGAGCAAAGAGAAUGCUACUGCUAUUCUUUUGGAAAUGUUGGAAUACUAUCCAGAGAAGGUGAGGGAGGCAGAUAAGGUGUAUGAUAUCUGUUCCUUGCUUAUUCGCUUGUCUAUAAAUGGUUCAUCCAAUGUGAGACGCAAUGCUAGCUUGUUGAUGAAAAUGGUGGAGAUGGAGUUUGAAAGCUACGCUCAGAUUGGGACUCAUGGUUAUGCCUCUGCUACUGACACUGGUUUUGAGAGUGAUGUAUCCUCUGCCCCUUCAUCAUUAAGAGCUACCAGUGAGCUAACUGAUUAA